AUGGCAGAGGUGCGAUUCCAGCAAUAUUGGGGCUUGUUCCUUAAAAAAGCAGGGGAGCUUCUCAAUAGAUUGGACAGUGCAAAAUUUCCUCUGUUACUCCAGCGGAUUGUGCAGAAACUUCAUCUUAAGGAUGAAAGAGCUUUUACUGAUGACGAAGAGGGAAAACUGCAUUCAACGUUCAAACUGGAUACAGACGAACUAGAGCUAGUUCUGGAGACAACAGAAUUUUUCCUGCAGCAGGCUGCAUACCAUAAUGCAAAACCUGCUGUGCUGACCCAACAACUGCAGAGUCUUGGUCUUAAUGAAGACAAGGUGGCAGAUAUUGUAGAUACGUGGACAAGUAAUGGAAAAGAUGUCAUCGAAAACUUACGAAAGAAAACCUUGAAUCCUAAACAGUUGGAUACAAUUAAGUGGCGGUUAAAUCUACAAAUGGCACAGUCCACGAGAUCUGAACUUAAAGAGCCAAAUGCUGCAUUUGAACUUGGUAUACGGGACCACAACACCAAGGAAACAGAAAAGCUGCAGAUGGAAUUCACUCAUGAAGAACUCUAUGCAUUCUACAGCCAGUUGGAACAGAUUCAGUCACAACUGGAUACUCUGAGUUAGUUGUAAUCCACUCGAGUAAGUCUUAGCUGAGCAGUAGGCUAACAAGUGUAAAUAUAUAUGGAGUAAGUCAUAGAGCUAGGACUGUUAUCAUAAAAACACGUUAAUCAAAUUGUGU